UGAACUUUCUAGUUAUUGUUAACACAACAUUUAUUCCUAGCCACAAAUUUAAAAAAAAAAACAUAAUUCACAAAAUAAUAUAUUUUUUUGAAGCAAACAUAAUCUUACCCCCAACUAUAGUGUCCUUAAAUACACCCUUGUAUCUUUCUUCUUUCAUGUAUAAUUCAUUCACCACAAAAUAAUAUUCUCAUAUCUUCUCAAAUAUGGAGGACACUAUAGUUCUAUACCCUGCUCUUGGUAGUGGACAUUUGAUGUCCAUGAUUGAAUUUGGAAAACUAAUAUUAACUAACCACCCUUCAUUUUCCAUCACUAUUCUCAUUCUUACACCACCUAACAAAAACAUAACCAACAAAGACACAAACCAAAAAACCCUUACUCCAGAAGAACAAUACUUAGCUUCAGUUUCAGCAACAUUUCCCUCAAUUAAUUUCCACUACAUUCCUCCAGCUUCAUGCCCUAUAACACUUCCACCACACUUCAUCACCUUUGAAGUCUCUCACCAAAGCAACAACCAUGUUGAAAAUUUUCUCCAUUCAAUUUCCAAAACCACAAACCUCAAAGCUGUUAUUUUAGAUUUCUUGACUUAUAAUGCCUCAAAAGUUACCACCAAACUUCAAAUCCCUACUUACUUUUACUUCACCUCAGGAGCUAUCAUUCUUUCCAUUUUGCUUAAUUUCCCAACAGUUUACCAAAAUGCUACAAAACCCAUUAAGGAUCUUCCUAUACCUCUUAAUAUUCCCGGGUUACCGAGGAAUCUUUCGACGGAUGAUUAUCCCGAUGAGGCCAAGGAUUCUGAGAAGUGUCAAGUUGUGCUUGAUUCCGCGAAAACAAUGAGACAAAGUGUGGGGAUUAUUGUGAAUACUUUUGAUGCUAUUGAAGGAAAGAUUAUUAAAGCUUUGAAUGAAGGGUUCUGUGUUCCUGAUGGAAAAACUCCAUCCAUUUUUUGUAUUGGACCUUUAGUUACAUCUUAUGGAGAAGAUAAAAAUGGGUGUUUGAGUUGGCUAGACUCGCAGCCUAGACAAAGCGUCGUGUUUUUGAGUUUUGGAAGCAUGGGACAAUUUUCUAAGACUCAGUUGAAUGAGAUAGCUAUUGGAUUGGAGAAAAGUGAGCAAAGAUUCUUGUGGGUCGUUCGGAGUGAUUUAGACUCCGAGAAACUAAGUUUGGACGAAUUGCUGCCAGAAGGGUUUUUGGAGAGGACAAAGGAGAAAGGAAUGGUGGUGAGAAAUUGGGCCCCACAAGGUGCAAUAUUGCAUCAUGAUUCUGUGGGUGGAUUUGUGACUCAUUGUGGGUGGAAUUCAGUGUUGGAAGCUGUUUGCGUAGGAUUGCCAAUGAUUGCGUGGCCUUUGUAUGCAGAACAAAGGUUAAACAAGUUUAUUUUGGUUGACGAAAUGAAUGUGGCUUUGGAACUGAAUGAAUCAAAAGAUGGGUUUGUGAGUGGAACUGAGUUGGAAGAUCGAGUUAAAGAAUUGAUGGACUCGGAUAAAGGAAAAGAGAUUAGACAAAGGAUUUUCAAGAUGAAAAUUAGUGCUAAGGAGGCAAGUGAAGAAGGUGGAAGUUCACAUGUUGCUUUGAAUAAGUUGGUUGAGUUUUUUAAGCAGAAGAUUAACUAUUAUGAUAUGGUUGAUGAUAUGGCUUAGUUUGCAACAUGAUUUGGAUAUUAUUGGAACUUAUCACAUUUUUAAAAAUUAUAUAUUUUUAUUUUUAGGUAACUUAACAUGUGCCCUUAAGGCACAAGUUAACAUGACCUUUUAAAUAAAUGUAGAAAUUGUGAUUCAAAUGUGUGUAAAACUAGUAUAUUAUAAGAUCAUUUAAAUGUUGUUUUAUUGCUGUUAUGUCCUUUUCUUCUCUCUUUUUUGUAAAUAAUUGUAGUGGGAAUAUCAAUUUAAGUUUGUCCUAUGUAGAUAAUAGGUAUCGAAACUUGUGAUCAUAUUUGUUCUCUCA